CCCAUUCAGCUAAUUUAGCUUAUUGCGUGCAAUGGUCUGAUACGAUGUUUGGUUGCCUGUUGAAAGUUGCGAAUCGUAUACUUUUAACUUUAGUCUCAUAAGAAUUACAAAUUGUUUUUAUUUUGUCAAGUAUGGAUUACAAGGACGAACAGCAUAACGAGAUUGAGGCUUUAGAGUCGAUUUAUUGUGGGGAGUUGGAAAUUUUAGCGACGGAACCAUUUUAUAUAUUUGCCAUACCGAUCAAGACAGAGGAAUACGAACGUGAAACUGUUAAUGGUCUCAGCUGUCGAUUAGAGUUUACAUAUACAUCUAAGUAUCCAGAUGAACCACUGCUCAUUUCAAUUGUGGAGCAAGAGAAUUUCGAGAAUGGUGACGACGAGAAGUUAAAGGCGCACCUGAUGGAACAGAUGAAUGAGAAUCUUGGAAUGGUAAUGGUUUUUACAUUGGUCAGUGCAGCUCAAGAAUGGCUCAAUGUACAGUGGGACGAAAUAAAAUUGAGGAGAGAAGAGACAGCGGCACAAAAGCUGAAAGAGGAAGAGGAGGCAGAAAGGAGACGAUUUGAAGGAACUCGCGUAACCGUGGAAUCCUUCCUAAGUUGGAAAGAGAAAUUUGAUGAAGAAAUGGGUUAUACGAAACGGAAAGAAUUGGCGGAUCGCGAGGGCAAAAAAUUAACAGGCAAGGAAUUGUUUAUGACCGACAAGACAUUGGAUCAGUCGGAUCUUAAAUUCUUAGACGAUGGUGAUGCUGUAAAAGUAGAUGAGAGUUUGUUUCAAAACUUGGAUGACUUGGAUUUAGACGAUGAUGAAGAUGACCCAGACUAUGAUCCAAAUAUCUCGGAUGAUAGUGCCUAAACAAGCUUAAUUCAAUAGCCAGGAAAGUGAUACGUAGAACAAAGUAAAUUUGAGAAAUUCACUGAAUUAUUACAAAAGGAAAAGAAAAAUGUAUACCGCACUUUUGUAAAAAGAAUAUAAAGUUGAAAAUGGUUAUUCAGGAGAGAAAAAAAUUGCGUAUUUAAAAUUUUUUAAAGAUAUUAAAUGGAAGCCUCUUUCCCUCCUCUUUUUCACAAGUAAUUUAGAGUUAAUUAUAAAUUGUUUCAAGUUGUCUAAAAGUCAUAUAGAUAGUAUUAUUUUAUUAUGUAUUAAAAUAAAUGUUUAGAUUCUAAAAAUUCCUUCUUUUAACUUGUAUCAUUUCUCUCGUUUUUUAAAAAUUUUGUUUGAAUUCGAUUCGUAUCACUUUUCUUGCAAAGAUGCGAUAUACUAAAAAAUAUAUUUUAAGUAUUAGAAUUGUUCGUGCAAGUUAAAUCUGUAAAAAAUGGCAGUGAUAAAUGAAACAUUGUGGUUGAAACAAAAUACAUAAUAUUUCGUUAACUAAUUUCAUUAGGAAGUAAUUCAGAAUGGAGUAUUUAAGGAACAAUAAUUUUUAUACCUAUGUAUAUAUCAAUUAUGUUCACAAGUUGUGAUGAUAUUAAAAAAAAACGUAUACCUUG